GUCUAAUGGUUCGAGUUCACCAGCUCCGUUUCUUACAAAGACUUAUGAGAUGAUUGAAGGCCCGGUGACUGACUCUGUGGUCUCUUGGAGUCACACAGGCCGCAGCUUUGUUGUCUGGAAUCCUCCAGAGUUUGCUAAGGAUUUACUUUCAACUUACUUCAAGCACAACAAUUUCUCCAGCUUUGUCAGGCAACUCAAUACUUAUGGUUUUAGGAAGAUUGAUCCUGAUCAGUGGGAGUUUGCAAAUGAGGAAUUUAUAAGAGAUCAGAAACAUCUUCUACCAAGAAUUCACCGUCGCAAGCCAAUUCAUAGCCAUUCUGAUUCAAACAUGAUAAGCAUUUGCUUCAAUUUCAAACAUGAUAAGCAUUUGCUUCAAUUAGAGUUACAAAGGCAUAAGCAGGAGAGUCAAGGAUUUGAAAUUGAAGUGCAUUUCCUGGGGGAGCGUUUGAAAAACAUAGAAAAUCGACAGAGAAAUACUAUUACAUUCCUCGCCCAAAUACUGCAGAAACACAGUACUGCACCGGCUAUCGGGCAACAGCAUCAAUUUGGCAGCAAGAAGAGAAGGCAAUGGCUGAAAAUAUUGAGCGCAUGGAACUUGAUCCUGAAUCCCGAGAAAAGAUUUAUUGAUUGCGACUCUUGCUGAAUGUAUGGCGGAUAAAAAGGAAAACAUAGAUGCUAACCUUGCUUCCUUUCGCAAUGGAAAUCAGUUGCAAUCAAUUUAUUACGCCAGACUAUGUGAAGCUGUUUGGAAGGACAUAUUCAGAACAUGCUAACAGAGGACUGUUCAUGAUAAAAGAAAACGCCGCAUUGAUAUUUUCUUGCAUGAUAGUUAGAUCUUCAGAUGGAGUUGCAUGAUCCACUUUGACCGAUCUCAACAAACCAAUUGUAACAAACUGACUGAAUUCCUGCCAAGACAAAAAAUAUGACUUAUUUGACUCUUUUGUACUGACUAAUUGAACCAACUGUCAUACCUGCAUUUUUUUUUUUGAAUAAAUACCUGCAUAUUUUUUAAUCUA